AGCACAUUGAACCUCCUGUGUGGAGUUGUGGUCAGCAGCGGAGUCGGAGAAAAGUGAUUAUUUUUCUAAUGAUUAUCGCUGCCUGACGCCAAGAGAGGGUUUAGCGAAGAUCAGCCCACGGGUUCCAGUGGGUGGAGUUGUUGAAUGGUGGACUUGACCGUCGACGUCGUCAUCAUCAGAGCAUAGUUGGUUUGCCCUAGAGGGGUGUGGGUGGGGCCAUCAAGGAAAAGCGUCAGUAUCGUUUAUUAAUUAUUCAAACAUAUCCAAGGCAGAAAUGGGGAUGUACGGUUAUUGGUUGAGGGGCUUUGCUCGUAUAUCGAUGCUCAAUGACGCGAAUGGAUACAAUGUUUUGAGCCGAUGUGGUGUGGGGCUGUAACCGACGCGAUGAUGGUUCGGAAAGUUCUCCGGGGCACUGUGUAAUAAGAGGAAGAAAAAAGUAGUGUUUGUGUUGUGCGAGGAGGUAGAGGAAUGCGAAGUAACAGGCCUUCGUCUGCAGAAAUUGCAAACGAGAAAUAGUGUUAUUCUGUGAGCCGAAUCCACCCACUCUGACCGGGCGUGUGCACAAGGAAAGUCAGUCCGGCUACAAGAAGGCAAACAACAAGAAGAACGAGCCGAGAAAAAGGGAAAAUCGAUGUUUGGAUACUUCUGAGUGUGUGUUUUGGCUGGGUUGUGAGCGCGAGUGUAGUGUACUUCUGCCAAAAAGUUCCGAACUUGGAAAACUCGGUCCUUGGGAUGGCUCAGGCGUGUUGAAUGAGCUGAAAUAAAUUUUAUUAUUGUUUUCCCUUCUUUCCACCUCGUUGACGCCAGUUGUCGCCCGUACUCACAGUGCAAAGCAAACUCCCCGUAUCCAGCGUCGUCUGAGAUUAGAUCCCAGCAGGAUAUCGCGUGCGGUUGAGAACAAAAUCCGAGCUACCGCACACUGUCGAGUGCUGUGUCAAUAACAGAGCAGCAAAAGCAAGUCAAAAUUAACCGAAAUCCUCAAAAUGUGGAGAAAUCAUCAUCUGUCCUGUCGGCAUGAAAUACCACCAUCAGUAAACACAUACCCAGAAAAGGGAGACGGAUUUCCAAGUAAGUGAACAUUUCCCACGCUACAGACAACCCUGCUGGGAAAUCAAACAACCCGUUGAUGCGAGAAUGAAAAAAAAUAAGAGAAAAGUGAACCAUUCAACAUCAAAAAGAAGCUCUCAGUGAAAAGCGUGAAAACAAACCAGGUGCACGAGGAGUCCAUUAUUCACAAGAAGGGCUGAGAAGUGAUGUGAUGCUAUUGUCGUCAAAGGUGCCCUCGUCGUCGUCGUUUUCGGUGACGACCCAGUGAACCGGUGCUGGUUGUAAAAUACAAGAAUAGAAUACAGGAAAAUCCAGCCUCACAAGGGCAGAGUAAAAAGUGUAACGAGAGCAAGCGGAUUAAAGUGGGGGCUGAUUGCUGUUACUGACACUUUGUUCGCGGCUCGCAAUAAAGGAAAAACAACAACCGAAAAGUGGCAAACUUUUUAUGAAAGAUCCAUGUCAUCGCAAACCGUAGAACCAGUGCCCGGAAGCCAAGACUUCACCGCUCAAAAUUGCACAUAAUCGAGUCAAACCCAGCUUUAUCCGAUAUCCAGCGCAACAGUCAAAGUCAUAUGAUUAGCCUCGUAUAGACUGCCAAGCUCAUUCCCUUCUUCCCUCACAAAAUUAUAAUCAGCGGAAACCAAACGCCACUACCGUCUCCCGUGAGCAGGAACCGAACCGGCGGCCGAAAGCUUCAUGUGGAAUAAGCGACGCCUCCGACGCCGGUCCGAUGAUGCUCGCCAUGAUGUAUCAAUGCUGCAUAAUAGCUGCACUAAUGAUAACGCACUGUCUUGUCACACAUCAAUCACCGCCGCUCCCGUCGUCGUCGUCCUCGUCCUCGUCAGCCAUGAUUGCCAUGCUCACGGAAUCGGUGGCAACCGACGCAGAUGACAGGAUCUUGGACCCGUCGUCCGAAUCGAGGCUUCGAAAUCUAAUGGGCUUAGUAGAGCUUGCUAGUGCCGAUGAUCCAACUGCGGGGGAAAUGGAACCCGUUAGUAAUAGUGGAAGCCGUAAGGAUGAAGCAGCUGGAACAGAAGGAGGAGGACGUAAGACUGGGCUGGAUAGAAGUAGCAGUAGGAACGCCCUUGAUGGCGAUGACCUUGUAGCCACCGGAAAAGGCUACCCAACGAAGCAGCGUAGCAGCACAACGCUAGCAGCAGGGGCAGCCAUGUCACCGUCCUUGAGCGACAACGAUAAUCCAUUGCACACAACGGAUUUGGAAAUGAACACAAAUCCAUCAACACAACGAAGUCUGCGGCCACAAGGUUCCAUAACAUCAGCAGCACCAACCGUACCGACUAGUCAGACAAGCCCGUCUCCCAACAACCACCAAAACGACGAAGACGACGAAGGAGCAGAAGACGAACACCACGCAGGUACGAGGCUGCCCCCAAGCGUUCCAGCACCUCAGCAUCAGCAUCAGCCACAGUUGGAAAAAGUGCCACCACCGUCACCACCAGCUCAACAACAGCAACGACAUCGAACGAUCAAUUCGAUGAACCUGAAUCCGACCACACCGGCGAUGGUGGUGAAGCCGGUCGACGAGCACCGGAAGCUGCUCAAAAGCACCGGUCCCAUAUUGAACUAUGUCUUCGAUUCACAUCCACCGUACUACAAGUCCAACUACUACAAUACACGGUACGGUCCGCACUUUGAAACGGACAACGUUACCAACAUCACGGUGCAGAACGGUGAUGAUUUAUUUCUAAGCUGUAGGAUAAGUUUGCUGCAAGAUAAAACGGUGUCGUGGGUCCGGCGGAAACACGGCGAAACGGACCUGCAGCUGCUAACGGUGGGGAAGCAGACGUACUCCGGUGAUUCGAGGUACACGAUCGAAUUCCAGUACCCCAACAAUUGGAGGCUAAAGAUAGCCUCCGCCAACAAGAACGACGAGGGCGUCUACGAGUGCCAGAUAUCGACGCAUCCGCCCAAAGUGAUAAUCUACUACCUGCACGUGAAUGCGCCCGAGGUCCUGAUCGUAGACGAGGAAGGCGAACCGCUCUACGACAAGUACUACGAAGUCGGUUCGACGAUAAAGCUGAUGUGCCGAAUACGGCACAUGUCGAUGCUGCGAUCCGCCGUCUACUGGAUCCACAACGAGAACAUCUUGAACCACGACGUCCAGAGGGGCGGCAUCAGCGUCAAGACCAACCUCACCAACAUCGGUGCCAACUCAACGCUGUUCGUGGCCAAAGUGAACAAACAGGAUUCGGGGAGCUACACGUGUUCGAUUGGACCAAACCAGCACUACAGCGUCUCCGUACACGUUCUAAAUGGUACCGCCAAUCCGUACGGAAUCUAUCAGCGAUCGUGUGCCUUCUCAGCGCUGCUCACAGCAGUCGAUUCUAAAUUCAUCCUGAAGCAACUGCUCUUCCUGAUGCUGCAGCGUCUCGCCAGAUAGCACCACCCACGACGGCUGACGGUACCUCUGAUGGGUGGUCUUCUUCUCCUAUUCCUCCUGGUAGCAUCCCCGGUCCUACUACUCCACGGAGGCGCAUCGUUGUUUGUGCUGUAAACUAGCUAAAAUAAUAUAUGUAGUAUUUGUACAGAGAGAAUCAAAUAAGAUAACAGAAAGAAGAAUAAAUACCCUAGAUUCGAAGGAAAAACUCCUCUACGUUAGGGCAUAGCGCUAUUGUAUAGGGAAGGCGAAAGGAAGGACGAAAUUCGUUGUUGUACACAGAAAACACACUGCAUCGAUAAGCGAAUGAAGAAAAGAAAAACGAUAAGCAAAAGCGAAUAACAAUGGCAGGAGCAUGGUUUCCUGCCAGCUGGAGCGGUGUGAUUUGUUCUGUUUGAUAAAGACGUUUAGACGAAGAAACCCGAAAGAAACGGUUCUCUAUAUGAGGCAAUUGUUUACCGAAGGGAAGGAGAACUGAAAAGAAAGCGAAAUGCAGACAUCGGUUUACAUAAACUUUUGUUUCUGUUUGACAAUGUUUUCUGUUACGUCAAAUCGUGUUUCUAGGUUAGUUAUAUUUUAUACAAAAAAAAAGAGAAAACAAAAAUGUAAAAACAGAAAGGAAUUCAAUUCAAUAGAACGAUAUUUUUGUAUAAUUGAAGAGUUUAGAUGAGAUAUAUAUUUUUCGUUUUCGAAAAAGCAAACUUUAACAAACGUGUUAGAUAUGUAAAAAAGCAGAAAAAUUUAGAAGAAAAAAAAAUAUCGACAUAUUGAACAUAAAAUAAUGAACAAGACAACCGCAGCGAUUGUAUCUCCUAAAGAAAAAUCUACUCCAUAGAAUGUAUUACUAGUUAAGGAACAAAGACAAAAAAAAACCGAAGGAACAAAACGACGAAACGUUAAAAAAAAAUGGAAGAUAAUUCUCCCCUAUUGAUUCAGUAUAAAUGAUUAAGUGAAAAAAUUCUGCAGAACGAACGAGAGCGCAGCAAA